AUGUUGCACAAUUCAAGGCGCGCAAAGGCGAACCUCAUCGCAUCUUUGUGCCUCUUGAUCUUUGCACAACCUGGCGCCUCCGACGACUGGACCGCCGAGUUUGUGUUCCCGGCCACGACAGGCUACGUGAUGCACAACAUGGACGUCAUGGAAGUCAGCUACAAGUCCAACUACCCCAACGCCAGCUUGUGGUGUUUCUGUUACAACGGCAAAGAGGACCCUGCAAAUUUGGUCAUUAUGGGCGUGUACAAAAACGCAAAGCCCCUCGACGGAUACCAGGACUUUCAAUUCGACGCAAAUUUCGCAUCCGACUUUUGCUGGUACAACCUGCGCAACCUGGAUAAUGAGGAAAAGGGAUUGAACGGGGUGCGCUUCUCGUACGACUGGAAGACGCGAGACAAGCCAUCGACCUUGAAGGCAGGCAGCAAGCCCGAGAUGACGGCAGCGCCGAGCACCACGGCCGAUGCGCCCGCGUCCACAUCCGCCACGGCGACUUCGGCCCCUCCUGCGUCCUCGGCCGCACCGUCGGGCUCGUCUUCAGGUGCCCCGGCGGGUUCGUCGUCGGGCGCAUCCGCAGCACCAACGACGGCUGGACCAGGCUCAAACUCAGCGACGCAGACCGGCGGUGGCGGCUCACAAGCAACCGGAGGCUCCGAUUCUUCGUCCGCCUCGCCAAAAAAGGGCUCAGACACGGACAGUAGCAGCACCACCACCAAACCUACAGCGGGAGAAUCUGGCUCACCGCCAUUAAACAACUCGACAGUGCCGCUCAUUGGCAAUGGCACAACGGGCGGCGGCGAGAGCAACUACGGCGCCGCGUCGCCUGCUCUCAGUAGCGGCGUCAUCGCUGGCAUCGCUGUUGGCGCGGUGCUCGGCGUGCUGGGCAUCUUGGGUUUUUUGGGCGCGCUGUGGCUCGUCAAGCGCCACAGGAAGGGCACGCUGGCCCGGCAGAGCCGCAUGCAGGAGCGCGAAUCCAAGAGCGCCGCGUUCGGGACGUAUGGCAGGUUUGAGGUAGAUGGCAAGUCAUUGCCCGGGGAGCUGUGCGGUGAUAACAAGCCUGGUUUGGUGGAGCUACCCGGUUAG